AGCUCUUCAGUCCAAGCGAGGAUGGAAGGAGGAAGAUGGAUGGUUGACCUGGUCAGGCUGUCUCCUGCAUCCCUCCAAGCAACCUCUGAGCGUUGCCUCCCAGGACCCUCAGAGACAUCUGAUCUAGCGAGGAUGGAAAGCGGAAGAUGGACGGUUGACCUGGUCAGGCUGUCUCCCACCACCUCUGACAGUUCUCUCCCAGGACCCUCAGAGAGAUCUGCAGGUGAUGACCAGGGCAAUAAUGGUUCUCGGGGCUCAUCAGAAAGAAAUAGGCAUGAAGCGAAGAGAACAAAUGAUAGCCCUUCAUGUGGCAAAACGUUCAAAGGUAAAUCGAGCCUCAGCCCACACUGCAGAAUCCACUCAGAGGAGACACUGUAUAAAUGCUUGGUGUGUGGAAAGAGCUUCAAUGACCGCUCAGGCCUAAAAUCACAUCAAAGAAUUCACGCAGGACAGGAAUCAUACCAAUGCCUAGAAUGUGGAAAGAGUUUCAAGCGCCACUCAAACCUUACAACACAUCAGGUAGUCCACAGCAGGGAGAAACCACAUAGGUGCUCUGAGUGUGGAAAGAGCUUCAGUCGCAGGAGAAACCUUACAGAACAUCAAAAACUUCACACAGGGGAGAAACCGUAUACCUGUUUGGACUGUGGAAAGACCUUCCGUCACAGCGCAAGCCUUGCUUCGCAUGAAAAAACCCACACAGGGGAGAAGCCGUAUAAAUGUUUGGAGUGCGGAAUGAGCUUCGCUCACGGCUCAAGUCUUAUAUCGCACCAAAGAAUUCACACAGGAGAGAAAUCUUAUAAAUGUACAGAGUGCGGAAGGAGCUUUGCUCACAGUGCUACCCUUACUUCACAUAAGAGAACCCACACAGGGGACAAACCAUAUAAAUGCUUGGAAUGUGGAAAGAGCUUCAGCCAGAGUUCACACCUUAGUUCACACAAGAGAACUCACACUGGUGAGAAGCCGUAUAAAUGCUUUGAGUGUGGGAAGAGCUUCAGUCAGAGUUCACACCUUACUGUGCAUGAGCGAAUCCAUACAGGGGAAAAACCAUAUAAAUGUGUGACAUGUGGAAAGAGCUUUAGUAACUGCACAUACCUUGUUUGCCAUCGCAGAAUCCAUACAGGAGAGAAGCCAUAUAAGUGCUUUGAGUGUGGAAAGAGCUUCAGCCAGGUUACAAGCCUUCAUAUACAUCAAAAAAUUCACAGAGGUGAAAAACUGUAUGCAUGUUUUGAGUGUGGAAAGAGCUUCACUCAAAGCUCAAGCCUUGAACGUCAUCAAAGAAUUCACACAGGGGUGAAACCAUAUACCUGUUUUGAGUGUGGAAAGAACUUCAUUCACAGCACAAGCCUAAAAUCACAUGAAAAAAUUCACGCAGGACAGGAAUCAUACAAAUGCCUAGAAUGUGGAAAGGGUUUCAAUCGCCACUCAAACCUUAAAAGACAUCAGAAAGUCCACAGUGAGGAGAAACCAUAUUCCUGUCUAGAGUGUGGAAAGGCCUUCAUUUACAGCUCAGGCCUUGUAGAUCAUCAAAAAAUUCACACAGGGGAGAAACCGUAUACCUGUUUGGACUGUGGAAAGACCUUCUGUCAAAGCUCAAACCUUGCAUCUCAUCAAAAAACCCACACAGGGGAGAAGCCAUAUAAAUGUUUGGAGUGCGGAAUGAGCUUCGCUCAUGGCUCAAGUCUUACAUUGCAUCAAAGAAUUCACACUGGGGAGAAAUCUUAUAAAUGUUUGGAGUGCGGAAGGAGCUUUGCUCACAGUGUUAGCCUUACUACACAUAAGAGAACCCACACAGGGGAGAAACCAUAUAAAUGCUUGGAAUGUGGAAAGUGCUUCAGCCAGAGUUCACACCUUAGUUCACAUAAGAGAACUCACACUGGUGAGAAGCCGUAUAAAUGCUUUGAGUGUGGGAAGAGCUUCAGUCAUAGUUCACAUCUUACUGUGCAUGAGCGAAUCCAUACAGGGGAAAAACCAUAUAAAUGUGUGACAUGUGGAAAGAGCUUUAGUAACUCCACAUCACUUGUUAUCCACCGCAGCAUCCAUUCAGAAGAGAAGCCAUAUAAGUGCUUUGAGUGUGGAAAGAGCUUCCGGCAUGGUACAGGCCUUCAUAAACAUCAAAAAAUUCACAGAGGUGAAAAACCGUAUGCAUGUUUUGAGUGUGGAAAGAGCUUCACUCACAGAUCACAGUUUAAAUGUCAUCAAAGAAUUCACACAGGGGUGAAACCAUAUACCUGUUUUGAAUGUGGAAAGAACUUCACUGAAAGCUCAAGCCUUAGAUCUCAUCACAAAGUUCACACAGGGGAGAAACCACAUAAAUGUUUGGAGUGUGGAAAGAGAUUUGCACAUGGAUCUGGCCUUACUUCUCAUAAAAGAAUUCACACAGGGGAGAAACCAUAUAUAUGUUUGGAGUGUGGAAAGAGAUUUGCACAGGGAUCUGCCCUUACUUCUCAUAAAAGAACUCACACAAGGGAGAAACCAUAUAAAUGUUUGGAGUGUGGAAAGAGAUUUGCACAGGGAUCUACGCUUACUUCUCAUAAAAGAACUCACACAGGGGAGAAACCAUAUAAAUGUUUGGAGUGUGGAAAGAGAUUUGCACAUGGAUCUACGCUUACUUCUCAUAAAAGAACUCACAUGGGAUAAACCAUAUAUAUACUUGGAAUGUGGGAAAAGAUUUGGUCAGAUUUCGCAUCUCAUUUUGCAUAAGUGAAUCAAGAUGGGGAAAAUAUUUCGAUUCUUGUAAUGAGGAAAGCACUUUAAGUGGAGCACCGCUAAUUUGCAAGAUAUAGGUUUGUUGGAUUUGGAGGGACAUAAUAACCGUUGGGCUUGGCACCCUUAUUGAAUUUAUGGAAAGGCAAAAAUACACAGAGAUUUCUCAAAUCAUAUUAUAAGGAGAUCACUUCUUAAAGUUUGGGAGAAAUACAAAGAUCGGUUGGAGCCUAAAAUCCCGUGGUGGGCCUCUCCAAGCAGAGGCUACAGUGGUGAAGGAAAAAAAUAUGUUGUGAAAUUGGCCUACUUAUAAAAUAAUUUUAAAAGAAGAUAACCAACUGAAACUUAAAAGUUUUGAGGAAUUAAGAGAUAUUAUUACAGAUUGGUUCCAAUAUUAUCCAAUAUUCAAAAAAAUUAAUGUAGAUAAAAAGGGUUUGCCAAGGAAACCUCGAGAUUUGAUUUACAUCAGCCGUGAUAAAGUGGUCUCAAGACUUUGGUAUGUUAUAACAUUGUCCCAAUGGGAAAAUCUGUGGAAGAAUAGUUGGAGAUUUACCACGUGCUAUGCCAUAAGGAAAACGUUUUAAAAAUGCAGCACCAGUGGUAUUUGACUCCAUGGAAAUUAGCCAAAAUGUACAAAGGAGCCAAAAGUAACUGUUGGAGAUGUGGAGAUCAAACAGGCUCACUGUAUCAUAUAUGGUGGCAAUGUAGCAAAAUAAAGAAAUUUUGGGAGGAAAUCCAUUCAGAAUUAGAAAAAAUGUUAAGACUUUCCUUUACAGUGGGACCUCGGGUUAAGAACUUAAUUUGUUCUGGAGGUCCAUUCUUA